AUGGAUAUGAGGGUGCUGGGAGUCCUGGUGUGCUUCGUGUCAGCCUGUGUGCUGUGCGCGAGGGUGAAGCCUUACGACAGCUUCAAACUUGUGAAAAUUACUGCCGGAUCGUCGCAGCGCUUGGAUAGGAUUUUACAACAGCUUCCCAAGAUUGACGACAUAAAUAGGAAUCCUAAUGACAAUACCGUGAUUGCCAUAGUAAAACCAGAUGAUCUGACAGAGGUUGUUCAGACUGUCUCAGAAGAACAUGGUGACCUUGAGAUAUUAGAAGACAAUUUACAAGAUUCUGUCGAUGAGGAAUUUCGUCACCUCGACAUGAGAAGACGCAAACGAGCAACUCUGAAUUUGGACGAUGCAAUUAAAGAAUAUCUGAAGCUUGAUGAGAUAUACGAGUUUCAAGAUCGGGUAAUUAAAUCAUGUAACGACUUUGUAAACGUGGAAAAGAAAACUAUAGGUUACUCGGAAGAGAACAGGACCAUCAACGUCAUGAAGAUAUUCCCAAAGAACCCAGGCCGAAACAGGAAAACAAUCUUCAUCGAGAGCGGAGUGCACGCCAGGGAGUGGCUGUCUCCUGCCACAGCCAACUACAUCAUCUACCAGUUGGCAUGUAACAAGAGCAACGCUGACAUGACUCAGUUAUUCGACUGGGAAGUUGUGUCCCCUGUCAACCCUGACGGGUAUGAAUUCACACAUUCGGGUUAUCGGUACUGGAGGAAGAACCGCCAGAGGAACCCUCGGUCUCACUGUGUUGGGACAGACCUCAACAGAAACUUUGGAACAGGAUUUGGACAAAGGGGAUCAAGUGGACAGACCUGUUCAGAAACCUACAGGGGUCCAUACGCCUACUCAGCACCCGAGGCGAAGGUCCUGAAAGACUACAUCCUAGAUACCCAUGAGGACAUCCUCAGCUACCUGUCAAUACACACGUACGGCCAGUACUUCCUGCUUCCUUGGGGCUACAAGAAGAAGCUCGUGGCUGACAACGACAAGCUGACUUCCCUUGCAAAACUGCCGAGAAAGCAAUGGGUGUUUCAUUCAGGAUAGGAUCUGCAUAUU